CGAUGUCUGUCUCUAUAUUGAGUAAUCGUGUAUUGAUGGUAAUACUAUCGCUUACACUGGCGUUGCUUUGCGUGUCUGUCGAACUGGCGGCUCAGGUUCUUCCACCUAACAACUGUAGCAAUGUUUUUCGAUACGAGCGUUGGGGAUUCGGCUGGAUUGGUAUUAUUGUGCCGGAAUAUAAUGGCUUAACGAGAAUGGACUGGACAUUGAAGUUUUCAGCGCAUGGCUAUGGCUCCUCUGGACAAGUCAGCCAAAUGGCUCUCUAUCCGAACAGAACGGCGGCCUAUCAAAACAUAUUUCAGGGUGGACGCGCCGAAUGCUAUGUAACUUUUCAAAACUACGGCAGUGAACUGCCCAAAAUAAUAUAUGCACAGUUAAAUGGUCAAGUGCUCUGUACGGCAAUUGAAUACGGUGCACCUUCAUUAACAAUAACGCGAUCCAUAAAGGUAUCUAUCCCCACCAGAACCCCCGUUGUCAGCAGCAAUGGUAGCGGUGGAAAUACCGAUAUUACUGUAGCAAGAAGUGGUGGUAGUGGCGGUGCUAAGCCCAUCAUUACUGUAAAUACGGGAACCAGGGAUGAAAAUCCAGCAACAGACAAAUGUGGAAUGGAGGGACUAGUUGGUCUGCUAAUUGGUGGAGAGACCCUACCUCAUGGUCGAUUUCCUUGGAUGGCAGCCCUUUACCACGAUGAUGAUCCCGAUCCGAAAAAGCUCAGCCUGACCUACAAAUGUGUGGCUACACUUAUCUCUAGUCGAACGGUUGUUACAGCGGCGCAUUGCAUUUGGGAAAAGCAACCGGAAGAAAUGCGCGUCUAUGUGGGCCGACAUGAUUUAGAUACGCAUCCAGAGACCGGUGCAACGCUAAUGGAAAUUCAGAGUGCAUUUACACAUCCAGACUUUGUUGGAAAUCUAGUACCAGACUCAGACAUAGGGUUGCUCAUCUUCACCACACACGUCCAGGAAAGCAAUUAUGUUCGAGCCAUAUGCAUGUGGACGUCGAGCACCCUUCUUAGCAAUGGUGGGGUUGAGGAUGCGACAAUUGGUGGCUGGGGAAAUGAUGAAAAUGGCAAACCGACACGAUUCCCUAAAGCGGCUGUUGUUCAAACCGUAUCGCGUGAGACUUGUCUGCGUGAAAUGGUUUCGGCCAAGGACUUCCUGACGCCACGCACUCUCUGUGCCGGCAACAAAAAGGCGCAUGGCCCCUGUCUAGGCGAUUCGGGAGCAGGUCUAAUGAUUCAGCGAAAUGGUCGAUGGAUGUUGCGAGCCAUCGUCUCGUUGGCUCAACGCUCCGGCGACACCUGUGAUUUGACGAAGUAUGUCAUCUACAGUGACGUGGCCUCGCAUCUUCGCUGGAUUGAGAGUAAAAUUGUUAGAUGAGAUCUGAAGACUAGUGCCAUUGAGCUUUCGUUUAAGUAACUUCUAAAACCACAUGACAUAUGAUCUGAGCAAAUUGGUUUAUUUUAAUGCUCAUAUUGUAUGCAUGGACUGUUGGACCUCGAAAAUAUAUUAAAUGCUAUUUAA